AUCUUCUGCUAUGAUGGUGACCAGCAGCCAGAGGUCAAAAGAGGCUGCCACAUGUCUACAAGAGACCAUUGGAUGGUUAAGCCCACGCAACGUAUCCUGAAUGCCUUCAACACACAAUGGAUCACUGCUGCAGGUGAAGCUGAAGUGCAGCUAGCAUUGAUGAACAAUGCAGGAAUUGUUGAUGCUGUUAUGAUGGAUGACAGUGAUGUCUUCGUCUUUGGAGCUAAGACAGUCAUUCGAAAUUCGACAUUCUCAUCUGAUGCGACCAUCAAGCUUUACACCACGAGUGCUAUCCAGGAGCAUGUGGCGUCCUGCCUUAUUGGUGAUGCCUUUGUGAUGAUAGCUAUCUGCUGUGGUGGUGACUUCGAUAUGAAAGGUCUUGCUGGCUGUGGCCCUGAGACUGCUCUCCGUCUUGUUCGCUGCAUGAACACCAGCAUACUGGCACAUGAUAGCAUUCCACUGGAUCAGGCCCUGAAGCAGUGGCGGGAUGCUGCUCGAUACCAUCUUACAGAUGAUUCCACUGGGAAACUAGGCCGAGCUCACUCUGCACUGGCCCGCUCGCUCGCUGAGUCAUUUCCUGAUCCCCAUGUCAUUAAUCUGUAUGUGCAACCUGCUGUCACCCCACUCGCAGAGUUGCCUGUUGUGCAAUCUCCUGCCCCUCCUGAUCUUGCUCCACUAGCCUUGGUCAUCCAACAACUCCUGGGCUGGGAGCCAAAAAAACUUGUCAGUGCCUUUCAUUCCACCAUCUGGCCUGUGGUUAUCUUGCAUGAAAUGCUCAACGACCUUGCCAGCAAUUCGCCUGCAAGUGACAAGGUAAGUUUUCAGUCAUUCUACACUACUAGACACACUGGUACAUACUGUUCUGCAGAAUGA